AAGUUGGCAAAGAUAGAAGAGGAUCACAAUGCAGAGAUCAGUAAACUUAUAGCACUAAUAGAGAAGGAGAAAGAAGAUGCACAACAACUUAAAUCUAGUCUUACAUCUAUGACAGGUGAUAAACAGACCAAGUUUAAUGAGGCAGUGAACAGAGUUAGUAAAGAAAAGGAUAGAGUGAUAGAAGAAUUGAGAGUAAAAGAGAGUAAAGUUGUAGAAGAUAUCAAAAAGUUGAAAGAGCAAAUAGAAACAUUGAAGGAGGAGAAAAGUAAGGCAGAGGAUAUCAAGGAACGAGCUUUGUCUUUCCUCAAGGACAAGGAGGCUAAUCAGCGUCUACUAGAGAGUGAACUAGGUUUGGUCCAGCAACAGGUGAUACAAUACAAGGAACAACUACAGAAUAUGGCAUCAGACUCUUCGGAUAUUACAGUAACUAAAUCAUCAUCUUCUGUUGUCAAAAUAAGUGAUCCAGAAGAACCUGCUUUACAUCAGAGAAUUAAAGACCUUGAAGAUGUGGUUAGAUUAAAGGAUGAAGAAUUAAGUAAAAUGCAACAGAAAGUGAUGGAGCUGUCCAUGUCAGCAAGUACAAGGUCUUUAGUCCAAGAUAAGGUUUCUAUUACAAGUUGUCAUGUAGGAGAUCUUGUGUUGCUAUGUCUAGAUGAACGACUCGACCAGUAUGUUGUAUUCACUGUUGGUACAACUUUACAUUUUCUUCAUACUGACUGUUUGUCACCAUUAGGUCUUAAAUCAGAAGGUGGUGAAUGUAAGAAACAAUGGCUGAUUGCUGAAGUCAUAGAUAAAGAAUAUUGUCAAGCUAAAAAGUCAAACAACAGAUUCAAAGUACCAGUCGGCACCAAGUUUUACAGAGUUAAAGCUAAACGCUGGACAAGAGAAGGUAACCAGUCUCCAGUGAAAAAAUCUGAUACUGCAUCAGGCUCUUCAUGACAUUCCUUAUAAUAUACAACACAGUCUGGUGUAUGAAUUUCAUGUUGUAAACCACUCUGUGUUUGCUUCCUUGCCAUUGGUCAGAUUUAAAUGUGUGCUAAGAAGCAACCAACCAGAUCAUGAACUUUUUAAUCUGGUGCCCUGUCACAAACCGCUUUAUAAUUAUAUAAUAAGCCUAGAAAAUUUUGUUAAGUUGAAACCUCCAUUCCUGAAACAGUUCUUUGUUAAUCAAAUUGUUUUGAAUCCAUUGCAUUUUUCAAGUCAUAUUUAUUUCAAAAUAGUUUUUUAGCUCGACUAUUCGAUAAGAAUAAGUAGAGCUAUUGUAGUCACCCGAGCGUCGGCGUAACCACGUAUGUUAAAGUUUUUGUAAUACUGUAUAAGUGGUUUUUUCUGCGGACUCCAAAUUCUGCGUUUUUUCCAAAUUUUGGCAUGUUUUUAUUUCUGCGGACUUUAUUUCUGCGACGCAUCUUUUGGACAAAACGUGAUUUUAAUUCUGCGGCUCAUCUUAUCAAAGUCUAAGUCACAUUACUCUACCUAUUUUAUUUGCAUGUACACAUUUGCAUAAAAAUUUUGUUUAUCGUCGUCACUGCAAAACUAUAUAGUAAUUACAAACAAUUAUAUUGUUAGUAAUUACAAACAAUUAUAUUGUUUGCUUGCAAACAAAUGUAAUGCACAACAAUAGACAGUAUGCAUCUUUUGAUCUGCGUAAAAUGACGUGUGAAAAAUAUACCACCCCGGUAGUAUCUUUAAUUUAAUAAAAUUUAUAGAAGUUUAUCGUAAAUCAGACAACAAUUAAUGCAUACGACGAUUAUUUAGCAGUACAAGGGUUAAAAUGGUUUUAAUGAUUUAGUGGUGAAAAAACCUUAUAGCGUACAGGCAAACACUAUGAUGUUUAAAUAUCUUUAUUCAUAAAUUGGCAUAAUUAACAAUAGGUACAUUUUUACAAGCACAUAUA